GGGGCUGUUGGCAGUGUCGGUGUGGCUGCGUCCAAGACGAGGACGACCGGGUCACAACCGUGCAGAUCGACGAGGCCUGGUAAUCCGACAGACGGGUAAGGAGACGAGGAGGAGUGGUCGGCCACAGAGGUUGUCGGACAACAGGUGUGGGAAGAUCAGUGGCGACAUUUGAGGCAGUCAACGACGUCCGGCAUAACGAAAGGUGUGGUGAGGAUGAACGUCGGUGUAAUGGAUACAAUCGCCGAAAACGACAAUGGAGGGCCUGAAGAUAGCGGACGUGAAGACGGUGCGAACGACCAUGACGAAGAAGACGAGGACAGCGAAAUGGACAUCCGUCCAGUCGGGAGGAAACGGGGAGUGCGGUCUGCCCCGAAGAAGUGUAGUGAAGCGCGCGCGGGGAGGAAGGCGAAGAAGGCUGCAGAAGACACGUUCGCAGCUAAACGCGACCAGGACAUGCAUCUCGCGAGCCUUGGACAUAACUACAUGCGGAUGAAAUCACGGACGUGGAAGUGGGAUGACGUGGAGAAGAGGCUAGUGAAGGCAGGGGUGACAACCAGGAAGGCCGACGACUGCGGGAAGAAAUGGGACAACCUCUAUCAGCAGUUCAAACGUAUUCAUAAAUUCAUGGGUUUGUCCGGGAAAGAGAAUUUCUUCACUUUGACACCUGCGCAAAGGAGGGAGAAAGAUUUCGACUUCCAGAUGGAUGAGCGUGUGUACUGGGAGAUGGAGGCCAUGACAAAGGCAGAUCACACCGUCCAUCCAGCCAACCUGAUGGACACGGGAGCGGUGGGGGGUGUCCAGGUGGGCGAUUCUGCGGCCGGACGGCAGGAGUCGGUGCCUAGCGAGGGGGGUGGAGAGGGGCAGGACGACGAGGCGGGAUCGACGCGGGAUUCAACGUUUACCGGCGGGAGUAGUGGAGGGGCCGGAAAAAGUAAAAAUGUCAAACAGCAAACCUUUGAGGCGAUCGCAGACGUCAUGGACAAGCAAGGGCAACUGAUGGCGACAACAGUGGACUCUGCGAGCAAACGGCAGUGCUCGGUUCUAACGAGGCAGUGUGAUAUUCUCGAGCAGGAGGUGGACGUCCAUAGACAGCACUACGAAAAGGCCGAUCAGGCGAACCUGAUGAUGUGCAACGCUCUACCGCACACCGUCGUCCACAUGCCGCAACGGAACACGACAACGAGGGGGAGGAGAGAGAGCGGAGGAGGAGAGGGGGGGGAAGGCAAGAGAGGACGGGGCCACUUCAGGAAGUCUGCAACAAAGAUCGUAGUUGAUAACAACUCGGAUGGCGACGAAGAAGAGGUUAAUGUGGCGGUGGAGGGCGUCCAAAGCCAGCAGGCGGGCGGGCGAUUGGGUUUCGGGCGGGCUGGUGUGCCGAGGGCGCUGGUGGUGGCAUUAAAGCAAGCUGGCGGAAGUGCUGCCAUCGUCGCCCAGGUGAGGACACCAGAGGGAGGCGGGUUAGUGAUCAACGAGGGGCGGUCGCCGAGGCCAGUCCUCCCGGCAGGGGGUGUGGCUUCAAGCGCCGCUCGUGAUACGAUCAUCCUGCUCGCUGGGGCAGGGCGGGUGGGGAAGAAGGUCACGUCUCCAUCGCCAACCCGUGAAGAGCUGACAACGCAACAGGCGGGCGGCUCGGGGACGGGCAAGGCGAAGUCCCCUUUGCGGGGCGGGGAGGGUGGGGUCACAGGGAUGGCCCCCCCCAACGAACAUCAGCCCUGGGCGACUGGGUCAGAUGGUGGCGGGGAAGAGAGAAGGGUAGUGGACGUUCGCCACGAAGACGACAGAGGGGAUGGGAGGCGGGAGAGCGACAAUGACGACGAUAACCGCCCUUCAAAAAGGUUGAAGAAGCACGGCCCGGGGGAUGAUAUGGAGCGUAGGUCGAUAUUGUGGGUAGAUAGCAACGCGUUUUGGGGUCAAGGUCCCCGCAAACCGUUGAGGGAGGCGGUUACGGACUGCACGGAUUACUUCAUCGCCAUCGUCAAUGGGGACUAGGGAGUUUAGUCGUCGUCCAUGCUCAUCAUGCCGCCUGCUGAUAUCCACCGCACGAAGAUCGA